AUGGCGCCUGUUAAUAUUAUGGCGCGUCUCAAGUCCUUGUACUCGAAACAUUAUGAUGAGCCGGUCCUUUCGGUCCAGGCAGCCGCUUGUUUUUCGAUCCUUCUAACCCUGAUCUAUGUGGUCCCGUUCUAUGUUUCUACCACCACUCGGCCAUCUCCUACCCUUAGCCGAGAUACCCCAUCGGUUAUCCGGGCUAGAAUCCGGGCUGUGACUUCUUCCUGCGUCAUCAGCACCUUGGCCGUUUUCUGGUUAAUUAUCGCUAAAGACAAUGCCCCUGUUUCGGAGGCCCUCAAGCUUCUAGGAUGGUGGCCUGUCGGCGUCCUGGAAAUUGCUCGUUCCCUGGCACUUACGGCCAUCCUCUUUACCGGGCCCCUAUUCGAACGGGGGAUCGCCGAAGAUGAAUGGAAGGACUGGAUCAAGGGCCGUAGGGUUUCCGAAACACUUCGCGGCUGGAUUGGGUGGAGAAACUACGUUGCUGGUCCGAUCACCGAGGAGAUCAUGUUCCGUUCGGCCAUCGUGCCUCUUCAUCUACUUGCUAGAGUGUCUCCGGGUCGUAUCGUUUUCAUGGCCCCUCUUUACUUCGGGAUUGCCCAUGUACAUCAUUUCUACGAGUUUCGCCUGACUCACCCUGACACCUCGAUCAUUGCGGCGAUGUUCCGGUCUAUCUUUCAAUUCAGCUACACCACCAUCUUUGGUUGGUACGCCACCUUUAUCUAUCUGCGAACUGGAUCCCUCCCAGCUGCUAUUCUCGCCCACGCCUUCUGCAAUUGGUGUGGCCUUCCUCGCUUAUGGGGCAGAGUUGAGGCCGUAUUGCCCAUCGAUCCGCCUCUAGUCAAAGUUAAAGAAAACCCAGACCGGCAUAUAUUAUAUGAGUAUAGACAACUUGCUGUUGGAUGGAGUGUUGCGUACUAUGCCCUUCUAGUAGGGGGUGCCGUUGGAUUCUAUUAUGCGCUGUGGCCCUUGACCAUCUCAAGCAAUGCUUUGGUUUCCUUCACCCCUAGGUGA